CUAUGAUAAUUGCACUCUCUUGGUUGUAUCUCCCACCCCUCCACCUUCACAAACACAUUCUCAAUCUCAAUUCUCAAAAUCAACUCACACCGUUUAAAUCCAAUGCCAAAUGUCCCACCUUUUUGAUUCCAAAUACUUCCAAAUUCCAGUCGACUUCAAUCUCAGGAUGAAUUUCAUCAACCCCACGUGUAAUUGCUGUUUUUCAUUCCGUUGUUAGAGCGAGAGUGCAAGUAAUAAGAGGGAGGGAGUGAGAGAGAGUUAGAGAGAGAAAGAGAGAGAGAGGAGAUGGUCAUCUUGCAUAGCUUUCAGCCAUGGAUAUCCCCAAGAAUUCAAAAUAUCUCAAGGAUUUCUCGUCCCAAGAGAGAAUCAAUCCAAGAUUCAUGUUGCUGGAUUCAUUCUUCAGCUUUACAUGUAAAUGGCAUGUUUAAGAAUCAUCAAGGAAAGCGAAAGGUCAAUUCAAUAAAAGCAUCACAUAAACAUAAGACAGGUGUCUCAAUGAACAUGUACUUCAUGAAAAAUAUUGACUCACAGCUCUUGAAGGUGAAAUUACCAGAUUACCCUCAGGUGAAUCGAAAAAGGAUGAUGAUAGCUGCAUUGGCAUCUUGCUUAGUUGUCAAACUGAUACAACAAGAUCAUGGGAAAACAGUGAUUGCUUCUGUAAAAGAUCUACUUUCAAGGGUAAUUCAGUCAUUUGGCACUUCAAGUUUGCCUUUUGCAUGCAUAUCUAAUUCUUUGGAUAAACCCACACCUCUGCAAUUGGAUGUAUCUUUGCCUUCAUUUCAUGACAUCAAAUGGGGAUUUUCGCGCAUCAUGUACUUAUUCAACAUACAACUUGAGAGAAAUGUUUCCACGUUUUUGAUUGUGCUCCUUUUAGCUUGCUUUUCGUUUGUUCUUAUUGGUGGAACACUCUUCUAUAAGUACAGGCGUAAUACACAGUCAUUUGAAGAUUGUCUUUGGGAAGCUUGGGCAUGUUUGUGUUCUUCAUCAACACAUCUGAAACAAAGAACUAGGGUUGAACGUGUUAUUGGUUUUGUUCUUGCUAUAUGGGGCAUUUUGUUUUAUUCUCGCCUCUUGGGAACAAUGACAGAGCAAUUUAGGCAUAACAUGCAAAAGCUUAGAGAAGGAGCACAAAUGCAAGUUCUAGAGACUGAUCAUAUAAUAAUUUGUGGAGUUAAUAGUCAUUUGAGCUUCAUAUUGAAGCAAUUAAACAAAUAUCAUGAGUUUUCUGUGCGAUUAGGUACAGCUACAGCUAGGAGGCAAAGAAUUCUUCUUUUGUCUGAUAUCCCAAGGAAGCAAAUGGACAAAAUUGCUGAUAGUAUUGCAAAAGAUCUUCAUCAUAUCGAUGUCCUUACAAAAAGUUGUAGUCUAAGCUUAACAAAAUCAUUCCAAAGGGCUGCAGCCAAUAAGGCACGUGCCAUAAUAAUAUUGCCAACUAAGGGUGAUAGGUAUGGAAUAGAUACAGAUGCAUUUUUAUCAGUUCUUGCUCUUCAACCUAUUUCAGACAUGGAAUCUGUUCCUGCAAUUGUUGAGGUUUCAAGCCCAAAUACAUGUGAGCUUUUGAAGUCAAUCUCAGGGUUGAAAGUAGAACCUGUGGAAAAUGUAACAUCCAAGUUAUUUGUUCAAUGCUCUCGACAAAAAGGGCUUGUAAAGAUCUAUAGACAUUUGCUAAAUUACCAAAAAAAUGUAUUCAAUCUUUCCAGUUUUCCUCAUCUAGCUGGAUUGAAAUAUGGUCAACUAAGAAUUGGAUUUCAAGAGGCUGUUGUUUGUGGUCUUUAUAAAAAAGGGAAGAUAAAUUUCCAUCCAAUGGACAAUGAAGUUGUAGAUGAAGAUGACAAAGUAUUAUUCAUUGCACCUAUAACUGGGAAGAACAAAACACCGAUUUCAUAUUUUAGUUCAAUAAAAGAAGAAGACGAAAUUGACCCUCAUAAACUUGAAGUUAUAAAAAAGAUUGGUGAAGAAGCUCCACAUAAUGCACUUCAAAUGGCAAAGUCACGUUUGGAGAAAAUUGUUAAACGUCCAGCAAAACCAGGGUCAAAGGCAUCAGAUUGGAGUGUGGGACCCAAAGAAUGCAUAUUAUUACUUGGAUGGAGAUCAGAUGUUGUUGAUAUGAUUCAAGAAUAUGAUAAUUACUUAGGUCCUGGAAGUGUUGUUGAAAUUCUUUCAGAUGUGCCAAUUUCAGAUAGAGAAAAAACAUACAAAUUUUCAGGUCAACACAAGAUAAAACAUGUUAAAGUCAUCCACAGGAUUGGGAACCCAAGGGACUAUGAUACUUUAAAGGAAACAAUUGAACACACUCAAAAGUCUCUUAAAAAAGGAGAAGAUGUUCCAUUUUCUGUUGUUGUUAUAUCUGAUAGAGAGUGGUUGCUUGAAGAUCCAUCAGGGGCAGAUAAGCAGUCUGCAUAUUCUCUACUUCUUGCUGAAAGUAUUUGUCUCAAGCUUGGUGUUAAGGUUCAAAAUCUGGUUGCAGAAAUUGUUGACUCAAAACUAGGCAAACAGAUUACAAGAAUCAAGCCAUCAUUGACUUACAUAGCAGCUGAAGAAAUAAUGAGCCUUGUAACAGCUCAAGUGGCCGAAAACAGUGAAUUGAAUGCAGUUUGGAAAGACAUAUUGGAUGCUGAUGGAGAUGAAAUUUAUGUGAAAGACAUAAGUUUGUACAUGAAAGGGGAUGAGCAUUUGUCGUUUUCUGAGCUCUCUGAAAGAGCACGAUUGAGGAGAGAAGUAGCCAUUGGUUAUGUCAAAAACAACAAAAAGGUUAUAAACCCUGUUCCCAAAUCAGAGCCUCUUCCUCUUGAACUCACGGAUUCUCUGAUUGUUAUAUCGGAGCUUGAAGGAGAACAACCUGUUCUCUUGUAAAUCUUGACUUCUUCUCCAAGAAAUACUUCCAUAAAAUCAAGCAUCAAAGACAAUUUUUAACAAGAAGUUAUAAUUGUUGUUAAAAAAAAAGAUAAAAUGAUUCACGUACAAAUUGAUUUUGAGUUUGAUACAUGAAAGGGGAAGAUUUGCGGAAAAGUAUGGUGUAAAGUGCAAUUAUUGGAACUUUUGAGUGUAAAAAGAAGGAAAAAAAAUAUUAGAAAAUGAGAAAUGAAGUGGUCAUUUUUGUUUUAUAUUAUAUAUAUUUGUGGUAAAUGACUUUUUUGGUACGUGAUGGGGUCAAAUGAGAGAAUUAUAGUAUUCUUUUUUUUUACUUAUUUUUAUCAUAGUAUUUCACUUUCUAUUUAUU